CUUUGAAACUGCAGGUAUUAGAAUGAACUCAUUAGUAGUAGCGUCACUCAUUGCUAGUCGUAGUGCUGUGUAUUCUAGCAGAUCUAUUGGAACUUCCACUUUUUGUUUGGCAGCAUCAUCGAUUUUGGCCACUCGAAUUUCUCCUACAAAUACGACAAUACCAUGCAUGCCAUCACUGCGUAAUUUUUCAACGUCUAUGAUCCAAUCUGAUUUACAUUCUACAACAAUUGCAUUGGAAUCUGAUGUGUCAAAAGAUUCCAAGCCAUUGGACAACAAGGCACAAGUAGCGGCCUUUUCAGCUCGUACUGGCAUUUUGUUUGACACUCCUGAUAUCCUGUCACUUGUAAUGACCCAUAAAUCAGCCCAUCUUGAAAGCAACGACAGAUAUGUUUAUUUAGGCUCGACUGUUCUCAAAACCUUUGUUACAGAAUAUGUACUGGCAAAGUACCCUUUGAUGCAAGCUGAUAUUGCAGAAAGAGUGAUUGAAGCGUAUAUCUCCACUAGUGUGGUCGCUAGUGUUGGACAGACUCUUGGUGUGCAUCUCUUGAUGAGAUGGAAGGGAUCGACUGAUGCAAAUAGCAAUGCCGUGAGCGAUGGUGUCAAUACUGUUCGAGCCUCUGUCAUGCAUGCACUGAUUGGUGCUGUAUAUCAGCACAAGGGACCACAUGCUGCACGCACCUUGAUUCACAAGCACUUUCUUUCUCGAGCGACUGAUGUGCAAAGCAUUGUUGAAGCUCAACUCAAGAUGGAUAAGCCACGUAAGCUGCUGGCUAUUACAUGCAAAAACCUUAAAAAACCCAAACCCAUCUCAAGAUUACUUGGUGAGACUGGUCGUCUUUCUUCACGCUCUGUCUUUUUAGUCGGCGUGUAUUGUGGAAUCGAAAAGAUUGGAGAAGGCUAUGGAUCUUCAAUCAAAAUGGCAGAACAGAGAGCAUGUAUUGAUGCCCUGAGCAAACACUUUUUGACGCAAAUCAAGGAUAUUACUCUUCCUUCGGAUACAACCACAGAUUCAGAAGAAACCACUACUUUUUUUGAAAAACUGCCUGAACAAUAAUUAAACGGUUAAAAUGUUUUAC